AUCUAUAGCAUCUCACAGUGUCCCAGGUAUCCAGUCUCCAUCCUAUCCUGGCAAUUCGAGCCGCACAAAAGCAGUGUCAGGUGAAGGAAAGCUGGGCCCAGUUACAGCAAGCUCUCAGGACAAAGAAGUCACCAAGGCCGGCACCAAGCUCCUCAUUCACCAGAGAAAAAUGUAACCAAGCGACCCCUAGCGCAGAGCAGCCGAGCAGCGUGGGAAACCUACAGCAAGGGAUCCUGGGAAGUCUGGCAGGGGGGAUUCAGAAAGAAAAGAGUGCACUUAGUGAUGUGAUGUGUAACGCUGACGACAUCAGAAGGUGCCAAACUGGAAUAAACACAGGGAGGACUACUGCAGAUGACCAAGAGGAUGAGGCAAUGCAAAGUCUUCCACAUGAAGCCUCAGAGGUCAGAAAACUGCUUGAUGAGCUGGACUCCACGGAGCAGUGGCUGCAGAACCUGGAGGAUCUUCUGUCAGAGCCCACAGCCAUGAGGAGCCCUCAGGUGAUCCGCAAAGAUCUGCGCAAUAUUGCUGUUCUGGAGAAAGAGGUGAAAUCACGGGGUAUGUCUGUGCACUCAUUACGGAACAGAGCAAGAGGACCAAAGGUCUUAGAAGGUCGCAAGAAUGAGGAGAUGGAGGAGAAGGUGCAGGAGGUGGAAGAGAGGUUCCGUAUGGUGCAAGAUGUCCUCCGGCGCCGUGUGUCAGAUCUCAGGGAUUCUUUAGUUCUCUCAGAAUUCAUGAAGGUUGUUCAGAUGGAGGAGGAGAAGAGAAACAAAGAGUUGUUAGGUUCCGGAGCACCUGCCAGAGAGGGGCCCCAAGUAACAGAGGCAGAUGAUUCAGGACGGGAGAUCUUCACUCCCCUGGAGGAACUGCAGGAAGCUGUAGAGAUGUUAAAUGAGGCUGUGAAAGAACGAGAGAGGAUGGUCACUGUCACUAAGGAGACAGAAAACCUGGAGAAGAGGCUCUCAGUGGUAGUCAGAAUGGUCAACUGUGCUAAAUGCCGACUGAAUAAGCUAAAGAUGGAAACUGAGGAAGCUGAGCAGAGCUAUGUUGUAAUGAGACACCAGGAAGAGCUAACAGAUCUGCAGGGAUUGUUUAUACAGCAACAGGACCUUGAGGCUGAAAUAUGCGGAGCUCUGAAGCUGGAGGUGCGCAGGUUAGAGGAGCACACAGACCAGCUACAUGACAUGUCCCUUGAAAAGGCAAAGGUGAUUGGUCAGCUGAUCCAGGACACUCUUCAGGCCUGGUCACAACUGGAGAAGAAGGUGCAUGACAACAAGACCAGGCUGCAGCGAACAUCACAGCUCCGGAGGUUCUUCCAGUGCUACCUCGCCAUGAUAUCAUGGACAGAAGACACCAGAACCCACAUGUUGUUGGGUAAUCCUGAGGAGCCUGUUGGCUCAGUGCGGAGGGAGGAGCUAGAACAGAACAUCGAGGAGAAGCUGAGAGAGUUUGAGGAGCUGGCCAGCGUUGGAUGGAAAUUCAUUGGAGAGGAGCAUGAGCUCACGCAAACGAUCAGAGAGAGACUAGAGGAAGUUCAGGGUAUGUUAAGUUGGGUUCUCAUGCGCUGGAGAUGCCAGAAGCAUCAGAUGGUCGCGGCAAACAAGACAGAAAGGAGAAAGACAAAGGAAGCUGCCCCCGAGAUGAGCCAAGUACUGACGGUGAGAGUCAAGAAGACAGAGCCCCCACUAGAAACUAGUCACCAGGAUAGCCCUCCUGAGGUGUGUGAGAGUGACACGUGUGUGCCCCCACCUGCCAGGACCUCAAGGCCUCGUCGGUAUGAACGGCAGGCACACAGCCCCAUGUCCCUGCAACAUCACCUCUCCCAGCUUGCCACAGACAUCCAGAAAGAGAGUCAGCUCAGGGGAGAUCAGGAGGGGACACCAGGGCCAAAGCGUUCUGAGGGGCCCUUGUGGCUGGAACCCAGAGAGCCACCAGUCGGCGCAGAAAGUGUUGAACAGGAGGAAACUGUGUACACGCCCCCUCCCACCAAGUCCUCAGGUCUAGCCACCUUCUGGAAGCGCUGUCAGGGGCUGUUAGGCAACAAAUUCAGUAGCUUAAAGAGAAAGAAUCGAGUUUCGCUCCCCAGUGUGGAAGAGGUAAGAACAUUCUUGCAUGUGAACAAAAGCGAGCAACCACAACUGAAUGCGUGCUACAGCCUGACAGUGCCACGCCCUUCUAAAAAAGCUCUUGCCGUUGAUCGUUUCUCUCUGCCAACCAAGUCUGCAAUAGGCACCCCUUCCGGCGUGCAACCCAAAAUCAAAUCUUGCUCACUUUUCAACAGUUUAAAAAGAAAGGAGAAAACCCAGAGACGUACAGUCCAGGGGAUUAUGGGAUUGUACCCAAAUGAUGAUCCUGCUAAAAAAGUUAGUAAAUACCAUACCCACACCUGGCCUCCCCGACAACACAGGAAAGUAUCACAUAGGGAGCUAAGCCCUGAACUUAGUAAGUUACAACAUUAUGUUAAAAACCCGCUGGAAAGUGACAUUAAUGAUGAAUGUGUGACCUCUGGACCAGUUUUACAGAAAGCUGACAUUAACAAGAGCUUCCAUUUUGGAUCACCAAUGCUUACCUCCGGCUGUAGGCAUGUGGCCUUGGGUUCCGUCUUUAGUGUUGAGCUAGCUAAAGAUGCAAUUAGCACCCAACAAACAUUUAAAGUACCAACUAAAGAAAGUGAUUCAAAUGGGAGCUCAGGAGAAGAUUUAACCUCAGUUAGGGUAUUUGAUUCCCUGAAGACAAAUGUGGCGCAUGAGACUGAAAGCACAAAGCCAUGUACAGGUGGUAACCAAACUACUAAACAAGACCUGAAUACACAGGGAGGUAAAGCCUGGCCUGAAGAACUGACUAGUAGUCCUGGUUACUGCAGACAGAAUCUGCAUGGCUAUGGAAAUCCAAAUUCUCAACAGCAGGAGAGACCCACAGAACACAUGGUCAGUUUAGGGAUCAAUAGAUCGUCACCCUUAACUUUGUCUAAUGAACCUCUGGAGCCAAAUGGGUACCAUGCAAAGAUGUUAAUAAACAAACACAGAAGCAACAAUGUGUCCAAUUCAUUUGCAACAAACAGUAAAUCACCCAGUAGAUAUCACAGUGAGGAUGUUAUCUACUCUACAUCAAAUGUCUGUGAGGCAGAAGAACUAGUUCAAUAUGCUGAAUUUUCUUUUACUAAAGAGGAGGGUAAUGAGAGUUUGGUAGACACUUUCCAUAAUUCAUAUUUGGAGCCCAUUAAUACAAGUACUGAAACAAUCAGGCACAAUUACAACAGUCCUGGAUCUUACAGUACCCAAAGGAACCCUGCAGUAACAAUAGGAACAUCCUCACUACCUGAGGUUCUUCACCCAGACCAUGAGUUCCUUGAGCAAGAUGAUGAGGAGCUUGAGGGCAUCUGGAACAAUGCUAAGAUGGGCGUUGAGAAUUGUACCACUCAAGACUCUUACAUCACACUGCACAAGACUGGGGACAGUAGGAACAUGGCAAAACCUGCAGAUAUAUGGACAAUAAAGAAGCCACCAAUAGUUACAGUGUCCAAACCAAAUAUGUUGGUGGCCACUUUUACAUUGCCCAACUCUGCACUUUUAUCUGUGGACACUGAAAAGCAAAGAGGCAUUAAAGUAACUGAAGAGCAGCACAUAUAUGGUCAUGGGGAUGGAGCUUCACAUCAGAAGGUGUCCCAGACAUGCAGAGGUUCAACACCUGAUCCACGUCCUGCAGACCCCUGCAAAGAGGAGGAGACCAAGAGGAAGAAGCAAACAAGCGCAUUGAAUCUCUUCCAUAAAUUAGACUUCCAACUGAUGGAGGGACCACUAGAGAAGAAACACAUCUUACAACAGGGGGGGAAGAAGGCUUCAUGCCGCACCUGGAGCAUGUGCCAUGUCGUGCUGGUGAGACGGACCCUGUGCUUCUACAAUGAUCGCAAGCAUCCUACAAAGAGCUCGGCAUCAGCCCCUCCCCUGCACCUCACUGGAGCUGUCUGCACCCCAGAGACUGAUUACACAAAGAGAGACAACUGCUUCCGCCUGCGGUUAUAUGAUGGCUCUGAGUACCUGCUCCGCGCCCCCUCGCCUGCCCUGCUGCAGGAAUGGGUAUCUAAAGUUCAGCACAACGCAGGGCUUGAGGACAGGGACCUGCUUGGUGACACAGCACUAGGAGGCGACAUCACCACAUCCCCCUCCAGAAGUCUUCUCAGCUACCGAAUACCAGACCUGUGCCAGCCUAUCCCAGUGUUUGACAGAGAGAAGCUGGAGAAAGCCCACAGGGAACACUUGGAGCCAACAAACCAGAGAGUGGGCAUACAGCAAGAUCCCUGCAGAACCGGCGCUCAUCCUGCCAGGUCCCAGCUCCAGUUCUUGUCCCCAGCGGAGUCAUGCAGGACACCAGACAGCUGUGGGCAGGAGGAUGACCUUGCAUUGGUGGCAAACAGGAGGCGGUCACGCUCCUUCAGUUCAGCUGUUUAUCAGAAGAUGUCCUCCUUCUCAAGCCCUCAGAAGACGUCUCCCAGCUACUCAGUCACCCUAUAUAUCACGGACCCCCCAGCCCCUCGGGGGCGGUCACACUCCUUUGCAGCAGGACUUGAGGUUUCUCACCUGGAGCGGAGUGGGCAGGGGAGCCACGCAGGAGUUUUAAAGCCACGGAACAAGUCUGUCUUCAGGAAGCUAUUCCGUAAAAAGGAUUAGUGUCAGCAAAGAAGUUUCUAAGGAGUGUCACUGAGUGUGCACUUGCUUAAAUAUUGCAGUGUGACCUUCCCGAAGCCACCACUGUCUGCCCAGCACCUACCCCAUCACUGUCUUGUCAUCAGAUACACAUGGGGCACAUUAGGUAGUGGAUCUGUCACCACAGAUGUGGCUCUGCGGGUGAGCUGGGUCAUUAACUGAAUACAUGAAAAUAUAAGCAAUAAAGUGUGAGCUCUUGGGCUUAGAAACCGAUUUCUGGAAUCCGUCACUUCCCAGAAAUGGACAGAAAAGAGAAUGAAUGCAGAGCUGUGGCUAGAGGGGAGCUGUGAGUACGGUAUUUACAGUUCCUACAGUACUCGGGGGCAAGGACAGUCUAAUACUGCUGUACUCACACAGUAGCUGCCCCUGGAGUCUUUAUGCUUUUUGUAUUCUUUUGUGUUAAUCGUUCUUAUUACAAUUAUUGUUACAAGCUAUAUACAUGUUUUAAGCUCAGCUCACCUUUACUAUAGAUUUCUGGGACAAUAAAAUGGAAGUUCCCAGACACAGAGAGUUUGUAUCCAGCUGUGGGAGUCCCAGAGUAUCCCAGUUAUAGACACGCUGGAACUAAACCGUGGUAAUGACACAUUUCUAACAUUUAUUCACUGAAUAUAGGAGCUGAUUACGCUGCCUCACUGGGUAUCUGGUGCCUAUUCAUAUUAAUGUGUAUUUGGUACGUUUGCAUUUUAUAAACAUCAGACUUGUGUUUUGUACAAUAAAGAUUUUUUGUAUUUGUUUAUUAAAA